GCCGGCUGGAGCGCCGUCGUUAAGGGGGAUUCCCCGAUGGGAUCGGAGGGGGGGGGGGUGUAACCAGAAGCAGCGAGGGAACCUCUGCCUGGUCAGAGGCACGGGGAGGUAAGCGCGGGCAGCCCCCGCGCUCGGCACGUUGUCAAGCCCUGUGGAUGAAGCGGUGUUCAUGGGACUGUAGCGGCACUCUUGUUUCUCCAGGCCUUUCUCGCUCUCUUGAAACUGCACUGAACCGAAAUUGCUUAUUUCUCCAGGCCUCUCUAGCUUCCUAGAGGCUGCACACAUUGGAUCUGCCUGGUGCUCCUGGAAAAAUUUUUGGCCGUGAAAUAACACUUAACAUGCCAUUGCAGGAAACUUGUAAUUCAGGACUUGUCUUUCUGUUUUGUUUGAAGCUUGGUGAAAUUUUGGUUUUGCUUUCAGUAUGCUGCUGGCUGAUAAACCCGACUUCUGUGCUGAGAAGCAUACUAAAUUAAUUUCUUUUUGGAGCGUGGGAAAAAGCUACUGUGGUUGGUUUUGCAUUUAUGGUUUGAUGUGUUUUGCCAUUCUUUUCCCUAAUGAUAAAACUGUGCAAAUUGCUCUUUCUGAUGGAUGACAUCUGUUGGGUUUGUACCCAGAGAUGCUUUUGCUUCCUGUGCUACAAGUGGGGAAUUCCAGGGCCGUCCAAACCUGGAUCAGAAGUUACACAGAGAAGUUCCCAAUGGAGUAGUUGAAAUGUUGCUGUAGUUCUUCACACAGAUACCAGGUUGCUAAGGGAUGUGUCAAUCCACAGACAAUUUAUUCUCUGAAAUGAUAUGAUGGAACUCCUAGAGGAAGAUCUUACCUGUCCCAUUUGCUGUAGCCUGUUCGAUGAUCCUCGAGUCCUGCCCUGUUCACACAAUUUCUGCAGAAAGUGUCUGGAAGGAAUUCUUGAGGGAAAUGUGCGGAACGUGCUUUGGAGACCGUCUCCUUUCAAGUGCCCCACAUGCAGGAAGGAGACUCCUGUUGCUGGAGUCAACAGCUUGCAGGUCAACUAUUCCCUGAAGGGUAUUGUGGAGAAAUACAACAAAAUCAAAGUAACUCCAAAAAUGCCUGUGUGCAAAGUGCACAGUGGACAACCCCUUAACAUUUUUUGCCGGACAGACAUGCAGCUGAUCUGUGGUGUUUGUGCCACCCGUGGUGACCACACAAAGCACGUUUUCUGUUCCAUUGAAGAAGCUUACUCCCAGGAGAAGCGGGCUUUUGAAACCCUGUUUCAGGGCUUUGAAACUUGGCGUUGUGGAGAUGCCCUCUCACGGUUGGAUACCUUGGAAACCAGUAAGAGGAAAGCUCUGCAGAUGCUGACCAAAGAUUCUGACAAAGUGAAAGAGUUCUUUGAGAAGCUGCAGCACACGCUGGAGCAGAAGAGAAAUGAGAUUCUUUCUGACUUUGAGACCAUGAAGCUUGCAGUGAUGCAGGCCUAUGAUCCAGAGAUCAAUAAACUGAACACAAUUCUGCAAGAACAGCGGAUGGCUUUUAACAUUGCAGAGGCCUUCAAAGAUGUGUCUGAACCCAUUAUAUUUCUGCAACAGAUGCAGGAGUUCAGGGAAAAAAUCAAGGUGCUCAAAGAAACCCCUUUACCUUGUUCUACUGUGGACAUCAGCGCCACAAUGAAGAGCUUCGACACCAGCCAGUGGAAUGGAAUAAAACUAGUUGAUGUGGACAAACUUUCCUUGCCUCAGGAAAACAAUGCUGGCAAAUUCAAGAUUUCUUCAGUCUUUUCACGCAGAUUUAUACUGAACUGGCUUAUUUUGUUUACAAUUAUCUUGUCCUAUUUGGCAGAUAACGUGGAGAUAGCAGAUCAUGCAGUCUUUUACUGGGAACAGAUGACAGAUGGAGCUUCACUUUUAAGAGAAAAGUGUAAAAACUAUACAUUGGUUGUACUGGAUAACGUUGCAGAGUUUGUGUGCAAAUAUAAACUGUUGUGAAGUCCCUGCUGAAAUAUAAGAACU